AUGGCUCAACCUCAGUCGCAGGUCCCCCCGCGGGCCUUUUCGCCGCCGCAACACAGUCCUUCGCCAGCCGGCUCACAGCCGGGUUUCGCGUUGCCACCGAACAAGAGGGUUAGAACCGAUGGUGGCCCAGCUUCGCAGCCAGGCUCCCCGUAUGCCAUUUCGCCUUAUGCUGCUAGUCCGGGCGCUGCAGGAAGUCCGCCUCUGAAUGCUGCGUCGCCGACAUUUUCGCAAUCAACACCCAUGUCUUCUGGGUACAACACUCCUUAUACAAACGGCCACACUGCACCAGCCUUGAAUCUUCCUGACGCACGUGCGGGCGCCAGCACACCUCCCUUGAAUACACCGCACCCUCCGCCUCCACCGAUAUCGAUCCCCCAGUACACAAACGCAGCAAUGGCGCCGAUGCCGCAAGCAAUGGCAUCGCCGGCGCCACUGCCCAAUGUCAUGGGGCCUCCCCAACGACCGGCCGAGAGACCGACCAAGGAUUACGAGUAUGAUGUCACAGAUUCGCUGGCGGGCACUGGUAUCGAUUUGCGGGCAGAAGAGCAGUACAUGUCUGAGCUGUACUCGAAUGCCAUGGAUGCAAAUUCGGAAGCCAGGACCGGGUUUGCUCAGCAUCCGGCCGCAGGUAAAUCUUCAUUUUACGGAGCUGGUCCGGCGAACCAAGCGCCCGAAACUGCGUCGGAACAAAACCAGAAGCAGCUCGCUGCAAAGGCGGCUGAACAAGCUUGGGCCGACUCAUCCAUGCGGCUGGCCGUUCAGCGAACGCAAGAGAUUAAUGACCCUUUCCUUUUGGUUGCCAUUCUUCAUCGCAGGGCGGAAAAGAUUGCAAAAGAGAACCAUAUUAGUCUCAAUCUAGACAUGAAGAACAACGCACAAACAAUGGGCAAGAUGCGCCUUCCUGAACAGUUUCCGACCCCCAAAGUCACAGUCAAGGUCGAACCCGGACCCGACUCAGCAAUGGUACAUACUACUGGAUCGUACAUCCCUCACGACUCGUAUCUCGUGGAUCAGCUGGCUUUGAUGUCUAUUGCCACAAAGCAACGGCUACGCGAGAUGGUUGAAGAUGCGGGCGUUGUUGCCACCAAUAGGCAGAAGACGUCACAUGGAGAAAUUCCCGAGGAAUGGACGGCCGCGGCGGCGCCCAUGAAUGCAGAAACCCUAGGUGCAGCAGAACCUACAUCAACAACAGAAGAGGGCGAGGAUGGUGUUGCAGUUCCGUCCGACACUGCACCCUUAAAACGCUCCGCCGACGGUGCUGGGUUGGGAAAUGGCGCCAAGCCGCCAAAGAAGUUGUCCAAGAUAUCGUCAUUUAUGACGUUGACGAUGAGAGAGCUGGCGAGGCAAGAACGCGAGUGGGAAGAAGCCCGUUUACGCCGACGGCAAAAACGCAAGGACGGGGUAGGAGACGCCGCAACCCCCUCACGGUCUGGUAGUAUGGCACCGGGAACACCAGGAUCGGUAGCGCCCGAGUCAGAUAAGCCAAUGACGAAGAAGGAAAUGAAGAAGAGCCAAGCACUCAAAGCAGCAGAGGCAAACAGCCACGCAAACCAAAACUUGACCAGCAGCAUGUUUGCAGGGCUGGGCGGCAAGAGCAGUCUGUUUGGCAAGAAGAAGGGAGCCAAGACGUACGACUGGAUGAACGUAGGUCGUGGAGGAAGCGGCGCAAGCACGCCGACGAAGGCAGCAGCCGGGGGUGGCAAGGGAAUCAACGGCACGCCCGGAGCGAUAUCAGCGGCAAACGUGGCCAUGACAACAGAGGGGCGAAACCGAUUGGGCACAUGGCGAGAGGACAAGGAAAAGGGAAAGAAUAUCCAACUACGAGACUGGGUGGUGGUGCUGGAGAGGGACGGACGAGAGUCCAAGGCCCUGCAACAAGCAUACAUCCACUUGGAUGCCUCCAAUCCGAAGUAA